AUGAACAGUCCUGGCACUGAGUUAGUAGAAAUAAAACAUGAAGAAGAAAAAGAAGUAGUUCCGAGGAUUUCCGAAUUUCCCGAGUUCGCGGAGAUAUGUUGUUUUAUGCAUCACUUUGGAGAUAAACUUGGAAUUUCUCUUACCUUCUCAAGAAUAGCCCGACUUUUAUCAUGUGAAACUGAUGCUGAUUUACAGUCGUUGACAACCCUUUUGGUAAAAUUGCUGAAUAAAAUGCAUCAUCGUUCUCAGUUAAACCGCUGGCAACCUGCUUUAGGACGUUUUCUUCAACGCCAAGCUUACAAUUGUGAUGAGCUGCGAGAAAUUGGAGACGCUUUGAGUAAUGGCGAUGCAUCCGUUCUCUUUUUUUCGCUGCCACCGGAAAAACGUCUCCGAGUCCUUCUCUUCUGUUUGGAAACUCAAUUCCAACUUAAUGUUCCCUUCAAGGAGAAAAUUAAAUCAAUUGACACGCCGACACUCAGAUCUCCGCCGUUGGGUUUCGACAUAUUCGGUAAUUCCUAUUGGCUCCUCGUUGACGAUGAAUGCAACUUCCUUCUUUACCGAUCUGAAGCCAUUAAGAUGUCACUUGAGCUGCUGGCGGACACAAUUCCAGCCUUGCGGAACGUGCUUGCCGAUUUAAAAGAUGAGAAAUACGAAAAAGUGCCUGUGUCCGACCUCUAUACGCCCUUUCGAAGCUCACUUCCUAACCCCGAAUCAGUUUUUGAAAGCGUCAAAUUAUCUUCGCCACAAUUUGAGCCUCCUUCCUCGCCUGAAAAAAUUAAUAUGGAUGAAAUCAAGCCGAUUUCUCAAGUGAAGCAAGAAGCUACAGAGCAACUUGCCGAGCAAAAGCUGGAGGAAACAAAGGUGGAGGAGUUGACGGUAAAUCCCAACGCAGAGCUUGAUACCCGUAAGGGUGGACUUGUUGGAGAACAACAGGAUCCUGGAAGCCUAUCCGCCAUUGAAUCUGUGGUCACUACAGAGGAGGCCCAAGCCUCAGAAACUCCUCAAAAGCAUGACCAAAUGGAAGAGAGCACACAAGGAGAGACUUUGGGUCUACGUAGAAGCAGUCGGAAACGCAAGCCAGUAGAGUUUCUAAAAAUUGAAACCUUCUCCUCCAAAUAUCGGAGCAAAAAGUCAACACAGUCUUCUCCUCAGCCGAUGAAAGAGGAGCAGAAGUUGAAGGGGAAAGAAAAGAAAUCCAUGAAGAAAAAGCUUCAUAAAUGCAAAUCCUCGAAGAGACCCCGCUGCAAUAGGAAAAGGAAGUAUCGAAAUGGGCACAACGGAAACGGCGCUUGUCUUUGGACUCGCUCUCCUGAAGACUCAGAAGAAUCAGAAAACGAUGAAGAGGAAGAUUUGUGGGAAGAAGCAGCAGAAGCUCUCGGUGAAAACAGUGAUUUCUCUCUUCUGGAGAAGGAGAAAUGUCUUCCUUAUGACUGGUUGGAAGACAUUGAGAGCGAUUUCGAUGAAGGCAGUGCAGGUAGUGACGAAGGCAUAAUAACAGGUCGAAAUCUUCAACGUCGUCAAAAUGCUGAGGUAUUAGAUGAAGCACCUUGUCAAAUCUGUACAAUUUCAAAUCAUCCCGAAUGGCUGCUUCUCUGUGAUUCGUGUGAUUUAGGUUAUCAUGCUCAGUGCCUGCGACCGGCGCUGCACUACAUUCCUCCCGGUGAUUGGUUCUGUCCGCGUUGCCUGCACUCACGUUUGGUCACGGCUCUCUCUGAUCAGCUGGAAAGUCUCAUCGUGAGGAGUAAGAAGUUUGACAGCGCUGCAAGAAUGCAAGAGCGGCUAAAUUUUGUCAACAUUAGUGUCUCCAAUAUUCUCAGAGAUGAACGCACAAGGCAACGCAACGAGAGUUUUUCCACUUCAUCCUCAUCAUCUGAAGAUGGGGAUGGCUCGAGAAGACCAAGACAAAAACGUCCGCGGUAUUACGAGAGCGAUGUUUCCACAUCCAGUUCAAUUUCAGGCUCCGAACAAACCGAAAAUGAAAGCGAGGAGGAGGAGGAGGAGGAAGAGGUGAUUCCAGUCAGAUCCACUCGUCAUAAAAAUAUUCGUUACGAUGUGAACGCGGCCUUUCAGGAACUAGAUGAGGUAUUAGUCGAAGAUGAGAAGUAUGCACUAGAGAAGUUGGAACGCAGUAAAGCAAAAACUAUUCACUCAGGGGAGGAACAAGAGAAUGAGAGGGAGCCGAAUUAUGUUCCUUCGGAACGACCACCGUUACCUCCUUUAAUCACACCCAAGGUGAAGAAAAGGGCCUUCUCUUCAUCCUCAUCGUCUGAGUCAGGUGCGUUAGGUUCGGAGGGUGAGGGAAGGAAGAGACGGACACGUCGGCCUUCUUCAGGAAGUGAGGAGUUCCGUCCUUCGAAUGAAAGUGCUACAGAUGAGGAAGACUCAGAAUUCUGCGAAGUCCCGGAGGAGGAUUCCGAUGGAAAUUACUCGGAGAGCGUGUCCUCUGAUCAGAGCUGGAGGAUGGGCGGUGGUCGUCGUGGUCGUCGCAAAAGGAGCAAAUUUGGCUUUGGGGGAAGGAGGAGCAAAUGCCGCUCCAAAUAUCGUCGAAGUGGUGUUGGAAGGAGUAGAAGUGGGCGUCGCAUUCCACGAUUUGAAGGGCCUUCAAGUGAUGAUGAAAUUCCUGUUAGACGAAGUGCUCGAGUUCGAAUCAAUUAUCGAGAAAUCGAUAGCUCAGAGGAGGAAGAGGUAGAAACGAAGAAAAAAAGGGGAUCCUCCGAAAGUGAAUAUGCUCCAAGUCAAGAAGAAGAAGAAGAGGAACAGGGAGGAAAAUUACCCAGUGCUGUAGAAGCUGAAGAAGAAAAGGUAAAGGAAGGAGAGGAGUUGAAAAAGGAACAUGCUCUAGAAGAUGAGGGGAUGGAAAACCGGAAUCCACUACCUUCCAUACAUCCGGUUCAAACGAUUACAGCUCCGGAAAUCCACGAAAUUCCACAAGGUAUUACUACCGAUUUUCCUUUACCUCCUGAGCUGGAGUUGGACGAGAGUGAGCUACAGAUUGAUGAGGAGUUGAUAAAGGGAGAUGACACCAUCUUUCAGGACCUUUUGAUGGGAAAUAUUAACUUGCCAAUGAGUCAAGAACCACCAGGUCCUGAGGGAGGUCCAGUGGAGGGACCAUCUCAACUUUGA